CGGUUUUUGGUUGCUUAAUUAUUGAGUUUUAUGGGCGAAAUAGAGGACCCUCCCAUUGUCUCUACGAGUUGGAAUGCAUUAAAAAAAUACAUCAGUCGUUAAGUAUUUCAUAAUGAUUGUGAAUGAUAGGCAAAAUCCUAGAAAAAAGUGCAUUACCCCUUACAGAUGUAGUAGCUAAAAGCAUUUGUUUUUUUCAGUUUUUGCCUAUUUAUUGUGUUUUGUUAACUUUUUCAAUUAAUGUUGAAGCAGCAUCACAGUUUUUAGUUACUUUCACUGCGCUAAGCGAUAAACACUUUUCUUUCGACCCCUUGGACCUAUCAACCUAUUUGUUUUACAUUUCUUUAAGAACGUUUCACAUUAUCUGGAAUAUAAACACAUGACUAUUGACCAUCUUGGAUUGAACUGAAUUUUAGUGGUCAAUGUAGUCUUUUUGCUUAUUUUACAUACCUGAAAAUUCACAGUAAAUAAGAAUCUUUACAUAAAUUGUAAAAUAUAAUACAUUAUUUCAUAGACAGUAUUCAGCUUUGAUACUUUAAAGUGUGUGCUUUGUGACACAAUUCAGAGUAUCAAAGCUGAACUGAUAUCUAAUUUUUUUGGAAAAUAUAGACUUAUUCAAGCUGGACUGAACAAUAUUAAAGGAGCUUUAUCAACUUUGAAUGAUCACAUGGCCGUGCUCGAACAGCGGCUAGCUUCUAAUGAAGACAACAUCGCCGACCAAAUUAAGCGUAUGGUUCCUUUGGAAAAAGAAAAGGCUGAGAACAGAAGCCGUUCUUCAAACCUUUGUUUCAUAGGUAUUCCUGAGCGAAGUGAAGGAAAGAACAUAAUAGCUUUUAUCAAUGACUUAAUUCCGCCACUCCUUGGCAUGGACAAUUUUACCACGGCACUUGCAGUCGUUCUUCAGAUGAUCCAAACAACAGAUCAUCUGAAAGGAGAUCUUAUGCAUAAGGGUGCCCGGGAACCAGAUAUUUCCUGACAUCAAUGCCGCCCUCAUUCACAAACGGCGUCCGGUUGACUCCGUUAAAAAGAAACUUAGUGCUGCCGACUUUAAAUAUUCUUUGCUGUAUCCCUGUACGCUGAGAGUACCGUAAUGGAAGGGAAAUCAAAGAUGUUCCAAUCUUCAGAAGAGGCUGAAACUCUGCUUCACGACCGCUUCCGAUCUCUUCUCCAUGAAUGGGUUGUUGGGAUUGUUAAUGGAUGAAGAUGGUUCUGAGCUGCUGCAAGCCAGGAGACAAGUGUCCCUCCUGAGAAAGUGUUUUGUUGCAGUCCAAGAUGCAUCAAAAAGAGAUCCGAUACACUAAACUGCGAUGGCUGCUAACCGUCAGUGGACUAUUCCUCUACGUUGCGGACAUUUUGACAGACUUGGGACUCUCCGUGAAGUACGUUGUCGACGAACGUUACGUAUGGUCAGCACUGACUUUUGGCUUUGUUCUGGUCGGGAUGCUGGUGACUCAGGUUUUCAGCUACGCCUGGUACAAGGACGACAUCAAUGAUGUGUUCAUAAACCCUCAAGGAAUAGCGCCAGUAUCAGGAUUCCCCAAAGGUCGGCUUGCAGUUCUCCAUCUGUGUGGCGCAGGUAUUUUCACCAGGUACUACCAACUGAUCAAAACUGGGUUCCAUGUGGUUUGGAUCAAGUGCCCCGAUGAGGAAGACACAAAGGAAGUGCACCAUCGUCUGUUUUGUCAAGCCACCGACCUCAGCAUGCUCAAACUGUUUGAGGCUUUUUUGGAGAGUGUCCCCCAACUCCUAUUGCAGAUCUACAAAGCACUGCACCAUGGCGACGCCUCCAUCAUGCAGUAUUCCUGUAUGGUCAUGUCCUGUUUUAACAUCGCCUGGGCCAUGGUGGACUAUCGCCGCUGCCUGCGGAGGUCCCUCCACCAUGUCCAGGAGAUGCCUUCCGGACUCCCUACUGUGAUUUACCUGCUAUACAAGGUCUGCACCAUCAGCAGCCACGUUCUCAGCUACAGCCUCCUCCUGAAGCUCAGUCCCUACAGCGUGAUGGCCUUGGCCAUUUUGUGGCUGCUGGGAACAAUAUGGUCACACCUGCUUCAAACCAACUUCUGCACAACCAGAGGUCAUGAGAUACUCUACCGAGCCGUGGUGGGAUUCAUACUCACGUUUACGUUCUUUAACGUGAAAGGUCAGGACACUAGACUAGCCAUGACAGUCUAUUACUUUCUCUACUCUCUUAUCAACAUGGUGACGCCGAUACUUUUGGCUUUGUUGAUGCCUGAGGUGCAGACGGCCACGUACUUUCUCGCCAUCACCGGGUUUAUUUUCGGGGGCUCCGUGCUGGGGCUUCUGUUUCUUGUGUUGUACUACCUCUACCUGCACCCCAAGAAGAAGAAUCAUGAGGCCGACGAAGUGGACGGACUGGAAAAGGAAGCAGAGACUGGGAGGAUAAGACACUUUUUGCAGCCUUGAUGCACAUUUCAAUGCACACAGUCACUCGUGAAGAAGUGUCGUAAAUAUAUGACAUAAUAUACGCUGCUGUUAGUUAUCUCAUGUCCUGAGGUUUACAUCAUUAUGCAUGAUGCAACAUUUUGUGCAAUAUAUUGAACUUUAGUCAAUGUAAAUAGCCUUCUAUAGUAUUUCAUAUUUAAUAACGGUACACAUUGUUAUCCGUCUGCUAUGUGAUAAGGAGGAGACUAAUAUUGCUAAGAAAUUAGUUAAUUAUUAAUCUUGUUGUUAUGAUUGUAGUUACAGUAUCCUUGUCUAAAGGGAAAGCCAAACAUUUGGAUACACUUGAUAAUGUUAUUUAAAGAAAAUGUGUGUCAAUGUUUGACGAGACCACAUAUUUGUUAUAAAUAUAAUUAUUACAAUCAACCCAAAAUUAUUCCUUCCUUCACAUGUAAACUGUGAGCCAAAACGUACUAACUACAUGUUUUAUUACAAAUUAUAAUAUACAUAUAGUUAUUUAUUAUGUAUGUAUACAAUUCCAUCCAUCCAUCCAUUUUCUACUGCUUGUCAAUAUUACACAUUUUAUAUUAAAUUACAACCAUUUAAAAAUAUUGCAUAGUGUUUGUAACUUUUAAAAUAGUUUUUUCCGAGCUGCUAUACCUUGAAGUCGUAUGGCACCUGACGAAGAGAAGCAUAUGGAGGGUGAAAUGGGAAAAAAAUAAUAUUUGAAUAAUGACCUAAAUGUGACAUUAACUAAUUGUAAUUAAAACUACACCCAAAUGUUUUAUUAAAUGUGUAAUUAAUCUAAUUAAAUGGAAACCGAUAUCUAAUGUUUAAUCAUUUAAUUAUUGUCCAAUCAUUUAUUAAUAGUGGUUUAAUAAUUUCACGAUUUCCUUAUCGAUCCGUUGUGGUGAAGAAGGCGCUGAGCCGGAAGGCAAAGCUCUCAAUUUACCGGUCGAUCUACGUUCCCAUCCUCACCUAUGGUCAUGAGCUUUGGGUUAUGACCGAAAGGACAAGAUCACGGGUACAUGCGGCCGAAAUGAGUUUCCUCCGCCGGGUGGCGGGGCUCUCCCUUAGAGAUAGGGUGAGAAGCUCUGCCAUCCGGGGGGAGCUCAAAGUAAAGCCGCUGCUCCUCCACAUCGAGAGGAGCCAGAUGAGGUGGUUCGGGCAUCUGGUCAGGAUGCCACCCGAGCGCCUCCCUAGGGAGGUGUUUAGGGCACGUCCGACCGGUAGGAGGCCGCGGGGAAGACCCAGGACACGUUGGGAAGACUAUGUCUCCCGGCUGGCCUGGGAACGCCUCGGGGUCCCACGGGAAGAGCUGGACGAAGUGGCUGGGGAGAGGGAAGUCUGGGCUUCCCUGCUUAGGCUGCUGCCCCCGCGACCUGACCUCGGAUAAGCGGAAGGAAAUGGAUGGAUGGAUGGUUGGACGAUUUCCUUAUUUCGAACAGAUAAAAUAAAUUCAUGAAAUGGCAUCAGACAGGUUCAGGAGAUAUAAUAUGUAAUUUAAUCAUGAA